AUCUGUCUGAUGUGUUGUUAGACAAAUAAAAGUUGAAAGUUUCUAUGGCACCGCUGCUUUUCGCAAUAGGUUUCGGAAGUUGCAUUUCCUGAUAAGCUUGACUUAUCGCGUUGCCAAGAUCACAACAAUAAGAGCGUGUUUGAGUCACGGUGUAAAUAGGUACAUUCAUUUUUUUUUUAUUUGGGAAACAGAAUUUGAUAGUUGUUUUUAAAUCUGAAGUUUCCAGGUUUCCACCCGAAUGUGGGAUGACUGGCAACCCUGAUGCAUGAACGGCAGAUCUAGAGUGAUGGCUGAAACCAGCGUUGCCACUCAACGAUCAAGUGCGCAAAAUGGAUAACAGAGUAAUCAAAGUGAUCAUUUCGUGCUGAUUGAUACUCGUUACUUCGAGUAUCUAUGAGUAACGAGUACUCGAGUAACAAACAGAUACUUUUUCUGCACCGCUAGUGUUUUGUGGGGAGGAAAAAUGGUUAAGUCGGUUAAGUGCAAAUAAUAAAUAAAAAUAAUCUACAAAAAAGGAUGGCAGUACAAAAGUAUUACAAAUUCGUAUUUAUUGGUGUGGGUAGUUUCUUGGCAGGUGCUUAUAUAGAAAAACAUAAAAUCACUACAGUUUCUGCAGCUACAGUUGUUUCUACCGCUGUGCCCUUUGAAAAUGGUGUGAGAAGAUCAUCAGUGUCAGAGAUAAUGAAGUACGGGUUUCCAGGAAUGGAUAAUAUAAGGUCCUUUGAUGAUUAUGUGCUAAGUUAUGAUCGUAGGAACAGGGUAGCUCAUUGGGUUUUUGAGCAUCUCACUUAUGACAAAGUGAAGAGAAACAGUGAUGUUGAUAGAGCCAAAUGCGAAUUCAAACCGGAUGAAAGCAUACAUCAAUUUUUUAGGUCUUCAAACUCCGACUACAAGAGAUCUGGCUAUGACAGAGGACACCUUGCAGCCGCAGGAAACCACCAGAGCAGCCAAAAACUCAUAGAUCAGACCUUUUAUCUGUCUAAUAUGGCACCACAAGUAGGUGUUGGUUUCAACAGAGAUGCUUGGAAUAAUUUAGAGAAAUAUGUUAGGAAACUCACUAGGGUGUACCCGAAUGUUUAUUGUUGUACUGGACCAUUAUAUCUGCCAAGAAAAGAAGCAAAUGGCAAAAACUACGUGAGAUAUGAAGUAAUAGGAGCUAAUAAUGUAGCAGUACCCACACAUUUUUUCAAAGUUGUUGUUGGAGAAACCAAAGAUGGACAAUUGGAAAUGGAGGCAUAUGUAAUGCCGAAUCAGGUUAUAGAUAAUUCAGUGCCAUUGACUAGCUUCCAGGUUCCUCCAGAGAGUAUAGAAAGAGCAGCAGGUUUAUUAUUUUUUGACAAUGUAUCAAGAAGUAAAUUCAGCAAAAUAAAUGGAAAGAAACAGUAGAGAAGAGUAAAUAAAGACUGCCCUAGUUAUGUCAAAUAUUUUGUUAGACUAUUUAUAGUGUUUUAUGUUCACUGUUAUAUUAUUUGUUGUGUUUAUUUUAUCAAAGUGAUUAAAUUUUAAAAUAUUCAUCAGACGUUCACUUUCCAUA